UGCUUUCAAGUCUUUGUCUUUGUUGCGACUGCAAGCUUUGUUCUGGUGUUUCACAAUCAGCGUUGUUUCAGCUGGUGUUGGCUUGAUUCCAGAGCAGCUGUGACAGCAGCAAAUAUUUCUGUCCUCUCCAACAUCCUGGAGGGCCACGAAGACAAGACAAGACGGACAGAAAAAACAGAUAAUCCAGGAGAAGGACCUGCAAUAAUGCCAGCAUACAUGGAGGGGUCCAGUGACAGGAAUUUAAUCUGCAGGUGGGUGCACCGCAGGGUUCCUGCGGCCCACAGAGAGGAACUGUACCACAUCCUGAGGAUGACAGGGCCUCUGCUGUGCUCUCGAAUCCUCAACUACCUAUUGCCAUUUGUGGUUACAAUGUUCUCUGGGCGUCUGGGAAAUGAAGUGAUGGCUGGCUAUGGAUUAGCUUGUGCUACCAUUAAUGUCACCACUGCAGCAACAGGAACUGGUCUGGGGCUGGCGUGUGAUACUUUGGUGUCUCAGACAUUUGGUGGUAAGAACCUGCGUCGGGUGGGAGUGAUCCUGCAGCGGGGCAUCAUCAUCCUGCUGUUGUUCUGUCUGCCCUGCUGGGGUCUGCUCAUUAAUGCUCAGGCCAUCCUAUUGUGCAUGGGCCAGAGCCCUGAGGUGACCAGAAUAGCCCAGCUGUAUAUUACAGCCUUUCUUCCUGCCAUACCAGCAAUGUUUCUCCAUCAGCUUCAGGUGUCUUAUUUGCAGAACCAGGGUAUAAUAUUGCCACAAAUGUACACUGCUGCUUUGGCAAACAUAGCAAACCUGGUGACAAACUACAUCUUCAUUUACUGGCUGGAUCUGGGUGUAAGCGGAUCUGCAGCAGCCAAUGCUCUGUCUCAGAUUUAUAUCUGUGGAUUUCUGUUUGCUUACAUUCGCUGGAAGAAGCUCCAUGUAAAAACAUGGGGAGGCUGGUCUGUAGAAUCGCUGCACGAGUGGGGCUCCUACAUGAAACUGGCUGUUCCCAGUACAAUGAUGACAUGUUUCGAGUGGUGGGUUUAUGAGUUUGGUGGAUUCUUUGCAGGAAUGCUGGGUGAAGACGAGCUGGCAGCCCAACAUGUUGUGAUUAUGGUGGCUUUCAUCACCUACAUGUUCCCUCUAAGUAUUCAAGCUGCAGCAUGCGCCCGAGUGGGAAAUGCCCUCGGUGCGGGAGACACUGCCAGGGCCAUCCUCACCAGCAAGAUCUCAUUCACUCUUGCAGCAUGCAUUGCAGUUGUGGAAGGGAUUGUGCUCGGCUCUACUAAAACAGUGAUUGGCUACAUCUUUACCUCUGAUGAGAAGAUCAUAGGUCUUGUUUCGCACUUGCUGAAUGUUUACUGUUUCCUUCAGUUCUUUGAUGGUAUUGUGUGUGUGUGCACAGGCAUCUUCUUGGGAACAGGCAAACAGAAUAUUCCUGCUGUGGCCAACUUCCUUGGAUACUACGGCAUAGCACUUCCAAUCGGCAUUACUUUGACCUUUGUUGCAAAAAUGGGAAUAAUUGGUUUUUGGCUGGCACUACUCAUUUGUGUUGUUUUAUUAUCCACCUUCUACACCAUUGUCAUAUUCAAGCUCAACUGGAAGACAAUUACAGAGGAGGCUGUGGAGCGAGCACAGAAAAACACUCCCAUGACUUUAUUAAGCACAGAUGCCCUGUCAGACACUGCAGGGGACAACACUGAUUACCAGAGAUCAGUGGACGGCUACGUGUCUGUGAGCUCCGGUUGCCAUGACGGGAACACAGAGACAGAGAGGGGACAUGUGGUCCAGCAGCUGAAGGGUGGACGUCUCUCCACUACACAGCUGAUCCUCAGACGAGGCCCCGUUAUGUUUGCGGCAGUUUCACUUCUGGCUGUGGGAGCAAGCGUGCACUUCCUGGUCCCCUUGCCAGAGAUGCUGCAUUCAGAGGCCAACUUUACUUUGGACUGGACCAAUACGACAUAUACCCCUGAUGAAAUGUUCUCCACUGCACUGGUCCCAAUAGAAGGAUAACCAUAAGAUCAUUAAUCACUAAAUCAUUGUUCCCACUCGAUGUCAUAAAAUAUUAUGAAUUCUUGGCAAUGGAUGAAAUAAUAUUUUCCUUUACGCAAUUAAAUUAUUAAUGGUUAAUUACAUAUUUAUGUUACAUCUGCACUUGUGUCUCCAAAAGUCCA